CAAGAACUGUCCAGGGUCUCUCUCUGAGAUGAGAAGUGGAGAGGAAGGUGAGAUGGAUAUCUGUCUGACAGCCUGAGAGUGGUUCACCUUGUAUUAAUGAGACGACAAAUGCUUGCAGAAAGAGAGAAGACGCCACCAUAGACAGUCUAAUUCACAGAGUGGAAUGGAUGUGUGCCUUCGUAGCAUCUGGUUUCCUUCAGAAAUGGUAAGACGACUGAGGCAUCCUAACAGCCUACACCAUUUCUUCUAAGGAACAGGUUGCCUUUAUGUCAUUGCUAGUUUCUUCCCAUCACCCUUUGCACCCUCGUCAGUUAUUAAGCUGCCAAGAGAGCCACACAAUGUGUUUGUAGUAGUUCCUCUGAGAACUAGAGCACACCCUGGGAAGCCAAUGACGGCAGAACUCCUUGAAGAAGCUUUGUGGGGCAAUUUCUCCAGUGAUGGUGACCUUGAAGAGGAAAGUCCUGUCACCAGUGUCUUGGGUGCAGUCCUCCUCAUCAUGUGUGUCUUUGGGAUGACAGGGAAUAUCUAUACGCUGGUGGUAGCCUUUGGCGGCAUUUCUGUCCGCUCAACUGGUUCUUUGUGUGUUUACGUCAUCAACCUGGCCUUGGCGGACUUACUCUACCUUUCCACCAUCCCUUUUGUGGUGUGCACCUAUUUUGCCCAUGACUGGUUCUUUGGGGAUGUGGGUUGCAGGUUUUUGCUCAGCUUGGACCUACUCACCAUGCAUGCUAGUAUCUUUAUGUUGACUGCCAUGAGCUUGGAGCGUUAUCGGGCAGUGACCAGGCCACUGAGGGCCAGGUGGGUUGAAAACAGCUACCGGAAACUUGCCAGCAUAGCCGUGUGGUUCCUCUCGUUGUUUCUUACCGUACCCAUGAUGGUCAUGAUCCAGCAGCAGGAAGGCAGCAGCCAGAAACAUAUCUGCCUCCCCACAUGGACGCCUGAGGCUUUCCGAAUUUACCUCACCAUUUUGUUCAGCACAAGCAUCCUAGGGCCUGGCUUGGUCCUGGGCAUUGUGUACUCUCGCCUCGCCUGGGCCUACUGGAACUCCGUGAAAGUCCUGCAGCCACGUGUGGUGGGCAGGGUCAUGAAACAGAAGGUGUUUUCCAGGAUCUUCAGCAUCAUUAUAGCCUACUGGGCCUGCUUUGUGCCAUUCUGGGCCUGGCAACUAGCCAGGUUGUAUUGGUCUGAGGGUUUAGAGAUUGGGCCUACUGCUCAGGCUUACCUCAACUUUGGUGUUACCUGCUUGACUUAUAGUAACAGCUGCAUCAAUCCAUUCCUUUAUACCCUACUCACUAGAAACUACUGCAAGUACAUGGAAGCUCAGGGUGGGGAGAGACAGGGAAGGUGGCAUGUUCUGUUCAGGAGGAGGAAAUAUGAGAAUCGCCAGACAGAAUGCACACCUGUGGCCCAAAGGCCACAGAGCACCAUAGAGAGGAGUGCUUGGAUAAGGAAGGCAAAGGCAUCCCCUGGUCAUUAAAGAUAUUUGAAGGAUCAUCUUUGUCAAUAGAGAGCCAGUGUGGUGUAGUGGUUAGAGAGCUGGACUAGGACUGGGGAGACCCGAGUUCAAAUCCCCGUUCAGCCAUAAUACUAGCUGGGUGACUCUGGGCCAGUCACUUCUCUCUCAGCCUAGCCUACUUCACAGGGUUGUUGUGAAAGAGAAACUUAAGUAUGUAGUACACCGCUCUGGGCUCCUUGGAGGAAGAGCAGGAUAUACAUGUAGUAGUAGUAAUAAUAAUAAUAAUAUAAUAUGUACCUUCCCAUUUGCUUAGAUCAGUAUCUAGAGCCCUCCUCCUUAUGCUGGGCAUUAGAGGUGCAGAUGAAUCUCAUAGGCAGAGCAUCCGGAGACAGCAUCUACAUAGUGGAACUCCCUUCUCAGGAAGAUUCACUUAGUUCAGAUGACAGAUCAAGACCUUGCCAUUUCAGACAGCAUUCGGGACAAAAGAUAAUUGUCCCAGGGCUGUAUCUGGCUAUUUUGCAUUCCUUGACUGCUGCUGUUUUUAUGAUGUUGCCAUUUUAUUAUGCAUUUUAAUUGCUUUAUUUUUAUAUUGUCCUGCUGUUUUGUGGAUUCCGAAGAAUGAAAAGAUCAAGUGUAAAUAUUUUAAAUAAAAUGAAUUGUAACCAAGAAAGAAGAGAGGUUCUGUUGCUAUUAAGUAUAUGCACUAUAUGUGUGCCCUAAAAGCUUCCUGCAGCCUUUUCUCUUCUCAAAGAGCACCACACUGAUCUCCAGCAUGGCACACAUGCUCAGGCAGGUUAUAUUCCCACAUUAUAUAUUAGUUAUUAGAGUUGUUGAUGGGAGGCCUAAAGACCUAACAUAUUUUCCCGUUGUGUGGGUUCAAAUCCCAAGGCAACAACAUCCAAUCCCAUUAGUCUCCCAAAGUUCUACUACAAACCAAGCGAAUUUUUAAUAUGCCCUGUAUGAGUUUGCCAGCAUGAGAACUUCAUUCUACUUUGGAGGCCCUCCUCUGGGUCAUGCUGCUGGCUAAGAUGUGGUGGAAAGGUACGCAUAACAGGACCUUUUGCCAGUGGCACCCAGGAUUUGGAAUGGCCUCUCAAAAGAGGUACAUUGUGCUCUCUCUAGCUACCAGUAGAACUUUGCUUAAUUCAGGCCAAAUUACUGGUUUU